AUGAAGAUCUUUAUUCUCUUCAUUAUCACAUUCGCAUGUGGUUUUUUUGGAAGUAUUGUUUCAAAUGGAAACCCUCUGCCGUAUGAAGCUAUCUUCAACUUUGGUGACUCUACAAGUGACACUGGAAAUGCUGCAACUGACUAUCCAACUAUGAAUAAAAAUGGUGCUUAUGGUUCCACGUACUUUAAACAUCCAUCAGGGCGUAUGUCAGAUGGACGAAUCCUCAUAGAUUUCAUAGCUAAUGGUCAAUUAACUGUAGCUGAGGCGUACCGGUUGCCAUUUUUGCCGGCCUAUAAGAAUAUCACCAAAAGCCAAGCAUAUAUAAAGAAGGGAGUAAAUUUUGCAUAUGCCGGUGCCACUGCACUUGAAUUCGAUUAUUUCAUACCUGAGGCGUACCGGUUGCCAUUUUUGCCGGCCUAUAAGAAUAUCACCAAAAGCCAAGCAGAUAUAAAGAAGGGAGUAAAUUUUGCAUAUGCCGGUGCCACUGCACUUGAAUUCGAUUAUUUCAUACGUAAUGGUCUCCCACCACCAGCGACAACUAAUUCACUGAACUAA